UGAAAACGAGUGCGGCCUUUCCUCUAUGGUCGCGGGAAAAGGGCGAGUUCCACACGCCCUCCUCGUUUACCUCCGGAAGUGAAGUCGCCAUCUCCCCCUCCUCUUUCGCGGGUGUUCGUGUGGGGGGCGAUGGCCGGGUAGGACUCGGGAUGGAAAGAAUGAUUCCAUGAUGCUUUGUAGCAGUUUCCUAAGUCUGAAAUUUUCCAUGUCUGUGGAUCCCAGAAUUUGCUGAAAGAUGGAAGAUCCUCAAAAAAAUGACCUAAACAUCAUGGGUCCAGAGAGAAAUGACCCUCUUGGAAGCACUGGCCCUCAGAUUUCUGUCAGUGAAUUCUCGUGCCACUGCUGUUAUGACAUCCUGGUUAACCCCACCACCCUGAACUGUGGGCACAGCUUCUGCCGGCACUGCCUAGCUUUGUGGUGGGUGUCAUCAAAGAAAACGGAGUGUCCAGAAUGCAGAGAGAAAUGGGAAGGUUUCCCCAAAGUCAACAUUCUCCUCAGGGAUGCUAUUGAGAAGUUAUUUCCUGAUGCUAUAAGAAUGAGAUUUGAAGACAUUCAAAGGAAUAAUGACAUAGUCCAAAGUCUUGCAGCCUUUCAAAAAUAUGGAAAUGAUCAGAUUCCUUUAGCUCCCAACCCAGGCCGAGUGAAUCAGCAGCGAGGAGGGGGAUUCUUUUCCGGAGUGCUUACAGCUUUAACUGGUGUGGCAGUGGUCCUGCUUGUGUAUCACUGGAGCAGCAGAGAAUCUGAGCAUGACCUUCUGGUCCAUAAGGCUGUGGCUAAAUGGACGGCAGAAGAAGUUGUCCUCUGGCUGGAGCAGCUGGGCCCCUGGGCCUCCCUCUACAGAGACAGGUUUUUAUCUGAAAGAGUAAAUGGAAGAUUGCUUUUAACGCUGACAGAGGAAGAAUUCUCAAGAGCACCCUAUGCCAUAGAAAACAGCAGCCACAGAAGAGCCAUCCUCACGGAGCUGGAGCGCGUCAAAGCACUUGGCGUGAAGCCCCCCCAGAAUCUCUGGGAAUAUAAGGCAGUGAAUCCAGGCAGGUCCCUGUUUCUGCUCUACACCCUCAAGAGCUCCCCGAGACUUGGUCUGCUGUACCUGUACCUGUUUGACUACACAGACACCUUCCUGCCCUUCAUCCACACUAUCUGCCCUCUGCAGGAGGACAGCUCUGGGGACGACAUCAUCACCAAGCUGCUGGAUCUGAGGGAGCCCACCUGGAAGCAGUGGAGAGAGUUCCUUGUCAAGUACUCCUUCCUUCCAUAUCAGCUGAUCGCUGAGUUUGCCUGGAACUGGCUGGAGGUCCAUUACUGGACGUCAAGGUUUCUCAUUGUCAAUGCCAUGUUACUCUCAGUUCUUGAAUUAUUCUCUUUUUGGCGGAUCUGGUCCAGAAAUGAGCUGAAGACUGUGCCUCAGAGGAUGUGGAGCCAUUUUUGGAAAGUUUCAACACAGGCACUUUUCGUGGCCAUGUUCUGGCCCCUCAUUCCUCAGUUUAUUUGCAACUGUUUGUUUUAUUGGGUCUUGUACUUCAAUCCAAUUAUUAACAUCGAUCUUGUUGUCAAGGAAGUUCGACGGCUGGAAACCCAAGUGUUGUGACUGGCGCUGCCCCAGCUCUAAGAGACUCCUCAGACUCCCAGAGCAGGGAGUGACGGAGCGAGCUUCCUGUUUUCUACCCAAGUAAAACAAGGUGCUGCUUUGUAUGUCAAAGGCUUCAACCAGGUCUUCUCCCUGCCAUGACCCUGUGAUGGCAGAGACUGAUAACCAGUACAAGGAGGAUUCUCUGUUAGCCCACAGCAGAAGCACCUCCCACCAGCUCCCUUCACAAGAUCAUGGGAGACUCAGGCCCAGUGGCUGGCAGGACUCAAGGUCCUUAGAGGACACAGUAGGUGUUAUCCAGUGGUCAUCACAUCAGCAGUCCCUUUUGCCCUAACCUCAGUGACUGACAGGCUUCCAGAGCCUGAGACCAGGCUUGUUAGGGCCAGUCCUAUCCUAUGAGUCAAGUUGAGGAAAACGGAAACUGAAAUUUUGUCAUAGGCCUGGGUUAUUACACAUAAAAAGUACAGAGGAAUACCCAGAAUUCAAUCAACAGUUCUCUCCUGUGAGUAGGUGUUAGAUUUUGGAGUGAGCCUUAAAAAAGGAUUCAGUUUGAGAUGAGAAUGAUGGUGAACUCAUCCUCACUAGGCACUGUUUUGCAAUCAUUGAAAGUUUGGAUCUCUUUUUUUUCUGAGCAAAGGGUUUGAGUGGGAUGUCAGAAAAUUUAUGGGGUGUAAUUUCCAUCUCGAGAAGCUGCAUCAGGCUACUUAAAAACAUUGUUUUGGAGUGCUAUUGUUUUGUUUUUAAGAAUUUAAUUCAUAAAAUAAAUCUGGGAUAGUUUUUGUUCAAGAAGUAUUUUAUAAACUGACCACACACUGUAUAUGUAUAAUCUUUAUUGUUCUGUCCUGAUGUAUAAACAGAUAUAAUUACCCCAGUGCUAUAAUUAUAAGUGGGAAUGAGAUGAAGGCUGUAUGGCCUUUCAUUUCCAUCCAGUGUGAAAAUAGCAGAAUGCAGUGACCUUAUCAAGAUUGGCCUCAUUGAAAUAAGUCUAUAUCCAAAGUAUGUGUUUGUGACUCCAUUAAUUAUUUAAUAACCCUUUGUAUCUCCAUGUGCAGGUUUCACUCGAACUUUGCGUCUGAAAGUUUGAAGAAAUUACUUGAAAUAAAGAGUUUUAUACAAAUAAAACUUCUGCAGAGGAAAAACUGUUUACAAAAUACACAAAAAAUAUCAGAGUUGGGCUGGGGAUUUAGCUCAGCGGCAUAAGCGCCUGCCUGGCAAGUGCAAGGUGAUGAGUUCAAUCCCCAGUACCACCAAAAAAAAAAAAAAAAAAUCAGAGUUGCUGGCUUUAAUCUGCAAGUCAGAUGUAAGCUUCCAGCUCCCUAUGGAUGUCGAACCAUUGGUCAGCACUGAGGCAUCUUAGUGAAGGAGGAGAAUUCUUCAAUCUUGAUGCUUAUCAGACCCCAGGGACACACCACUUUUCCUGUUGUAAUAUGGGUAUGGAGACACCGUGGUGCUUGUGCAUGCCUGGUCUCAGACCCUGUGGUGUUACUGGUAUUCUUUCCUGCCUGGCAGAGGUCACAAAGCUGGAACUGGCUGCAUGCAUAUUUCUGGGCCUGAGGAGGACAGUAGUGGCCAGACUCCCAGACCAGGACCCCACCCCCAUGACCUCCCAUAUUCUGCUCCCACACCCAGCUUCAAAGAUGUGUUAUACCUAGACCUUUCAGAAAGGAAGGUGAAGGAGACUUGGCUGCAAGGAGAGCAAACAGGUGGGCGAGGCACUCAUUCCUUAUUGCCAGGAGGGCCUGGCAUUCUCAGAGUGUAUGUGCCAAGAUGUCUGUAAAGGCAGGCUUGAGGGCAUCCAAAGGAGUGUCCUCGCAAAAUAUGCAGACCCUAUGACAGAAAAUACCAUUUCUCUAAAUUCAGGCCAGGAAACAAAAAGGUAUCUAUGUGUGGUUGGAGAUUAAUUUAUAAAAUCAUCCUCAUAACAACUGAUUAAAACAAGUAUCUCCACUAAAUAAAAGUUGGUGAUUUAUAAAAUAUCAGCCAAAACCAGGCAGGCUAGUACAUGCCUUUAAUCCCAGCAUGAGACAAAAUGGGAGUUCAAUGCCAAUUUGGGCUACCUAGCAAAGUCCUGUCUCAAAAGAAAAAGUACCUAGCAUGUGCAAGGACCUGGGCCAGAACCCCCAGCAUCGCAAAAGAAAACAGAAAAAGAUCCUUUAUGAAGACCCUACGGCUUCUCCAGGCAUAGUGGUACACACCUGUAAGCCCAGCAACUCAUGAGGCUGAGGCAGAAAUAUAGCCAUGAGUUUGAGGCCAGCCUGCAUUACACAGUGGGACUCUGUCUCAAAAAAAAAAAAAAAAAAAAAAAGGUUUUCCUAUGGUAUCACCUCAACAAUGCAUUUUUUAAAAGUAAUAAAGACUAAUGGCAACACAGUGAUUAUUCUGGAUGGUGGGAACUUUUUUCCUGCUUUAUAUUGUUUUGUAUUUCUCUUUUUUCUCCAAGAAGGAAAUAGCUGAAAGGCUUAAGCAUCUGCCUGGCAGGCACAAGGUUGUGAGUUCUAUCCCUGGUACCAAAAAAAAAAAAGCCUUGCUAUGUUGCCCAUGCUGGCCUCCAACUUCUGCCUGGCGGUCCCCAGAAGCUAGGCCUAUGGGCAUGUGCUUCCCCAACCAAAUUUUUUUCUUUGAGGCAGGGUCUUGCUAUGUAACUCAGGCUGGCCUUGAACUCUACAGCCUAGGCUGCCUCAAAUGUCAUCCUGCCUCACUUCAAGUACUGGGAUUACAGGCAUGUGCCCAGCUAAGAUUACUGUAUAUAAACUCACAUGUACUAGAUUUGACCUUUACAGGAGUGGUGUUCUGUGACUGUCAUUUAUCACCACAACCUAGGAUCUACAGCAUGGCCAAGCACCUAGUGGGAUUUGUUCACAUUUGACUAGCAGCCAUCAGGAGCAGGUUAAAAGACAAAGCCCACCAUUUCAUACAGAAUGAACCUGAAAAAUACCAAACCUAGGUACGUGCACAGACACGAGAGCCAGGUGUGGUUGUGGUACAUGCCUAAUCCCAGCACUGGGGAGGCUGAGGCAGGAAAAUUGUGAGUUCAUAACCAGUCUAGGCUAUACAGACAGUUAAGGUCAGCCUAGGUGACACUAUAGAACUGUCUCAAAAAUAAAAUCAGUCUGGAUGUGAUGCUCCAUGCCACAAGCAUUCUGGGAAACUGAGUCAGGAGAAUCUCAACAUCCAGCUCAUCCUUAGUGACUUAACAAAGAUCCUAUCUCAAAAAGGGAUGAGGAUACAGUAUGAAGGCUCUAGGUUUGAGUCCCAGAACCACAAAUAAAGUAAAAUAGGCUUGACACCUUUUGAGACCAGAGAGCAUGAGAGACAUUCUGGACUUAGACAAAUGACAGAGAGCCUUCCUUCUGGCUCUUGGAAACUGCAAGAGUAUCCUCUCACCAUAAUUCCUUGACAUCUUGACAUAAGCCUCAGAAAUAUGAUCCCACCCUAACCUCAUCUCCUUAACAUCCUGACAUGAGCCUAAAAAGUAUGUUCCUGUCAUCAUCAUUCCUUGGGCUCUGCCAUAAGCUGGAAGAGCAUGCACCAUAACUGCUUCAUAGCACCGUCUUUGUAGCACCAUUAGCUCUGCGGUGUCGAUGCCUCUGGCCGGCUUUGGCAGCCAUGCUGGCUCUCUCUCGGCCUAUAUAACAUCAACCCCACUCUGCCUUCUGACAGGAGAGUGGAGACUCACAGUUGAUUGGAAAGAAGCCCAGCUAGUUGACACCUUUGACCACUCCCCAUAUUCUAUGAAAAUAGAAUUCACUGCAGCUGUCUUCUCUGGCUCUGCUCACCUGCUAUUCUUGAGAGCAGACUUUCAUACUGAUGGUGCUACCUGUGAAUGCUGCUGCUUGGAAUUCUCCCGAAUGUACUUUAACCUCAAAACCUACAAUAGAUGACACCACUCUGAGGAGAACUCACUUUUAAGCUUUCUCAUCUGACCACUCCUAUUCUGCGAAAUGUACUUUCCUUUAAUAAAUCCCUGCCUUUGUUACUA